AUGAUUUUCAUCCGCACCAUAAAGACCUCAGGGAUAUCUCUUGGCUUCUUUAAUGCUCCAAUUCUCUGUCUCUUCUGGCUGAGAGCCAUGCAUUCAGUGGACUCAGUCCAGUUGUCGGCUCCAGAGGUGGUAACAGGAGCAUCCGGAGGGUCACUGACAGUCCCUUGUCAGUACGGCCAUGAGUACAGAGAAUAUCCAAAGUACUGGUGCAGAGGACCAAUAUAUAAGUGGUGUGAAAUAGUGGUGAACACUCCUGGGGGGAAGCAGUGACAGAAUCUCUAUAUUGCUGAUGAUAAGAUAGCAGGAGUCUUCACUGUGACUAUGUCUUCUCUCAGAGAAAGUGAUGAAGGUACCUACUGGUGUGUGGUCGCCAGACCUGGAAUAAACCCCUACACUGGUGUCCGGAUCCACGUCUCCCAACCAGCAAUAACAACCACCACUCCCACCACCAUACUGGAACGGUAUGAAAUGAGUUGGUGAGCAACUCUACGUUGGAUAGUCUUUAUUGUAAUGCUGUGUUGUUUGGUAUCAACACACAUCGCUGUUUGGAGGAUAAAGAUUGCGAGAAAGAAACGGCAACAACU